CCAGACCGGCUUCUCUGUUGUCAGCGUGCAAGGAAUUCCAAGACUGCAACAGGCUGCAUGGGGUGGAAACCUGUCAGGUGUGCAGCUUGAUAGCAACUCCUGCCACGAAAAGCCCGGCAGUUCCGCGGGGACUGGAGAGCAGCCCAAGAGAAGGAACGCAGCACAACGGAGCCGAUCCAGGGCAUUCGCAGAAUGGCACCUUGCUGGAGGAGAAAGGCGAUAUAGCAUUGGAGACCUCGGCCAAGAGCUCUUAUAAAACCAGAGGAGCCUCUGGGGAAGGCAACCACGAGCAGCUCCAGCCUCGAAGUGGGGCUGACACUGACAGAGACCUGCUUUGCCCUCAUCCCAGCAUGGAGAAGGUUGCCGGCAAUUCACGUUCCCAUCAAGGCAAGCCGGAAGGUCAUGCCUCAAGCCCUUCUGUGCGACGCAAGAAAAACCCUCCAGACUGUCUCAAGAAAAUGCCCUUCGGCAAAGUGUCGGCAGCCUCCCAGAGGGUCGAGGGAGGAGGCACCAGGGCCAGCAGCCCCUCUAAAGUGUCCAAGCUGCUUGAGGCCUGGGAGAAAGGACUUGUGGGGAUGGACACCACUGGCCCAGCUCCUUCCUCUGAAACCAGGCCCUCCCAUUCUCCCGCAUCUACCAGGCGCUUACUUCCACCCCCAGAGGGGGCCCACUCUUCUCACUCCACCAAUUCCAGGGAUUCUUUUCCACCAUCCAACGUGGCUUCCGCUCAUGCCAAGCGAUGCCUUUCUCCAACAGGGAAAAGGAAAUCUCCUUUUUUGGAGGAGGCCAGGCAUGCCCAUUCUCCUGAUCCUUGGCGUCCUUCUGGGCCAGCAACAGAAAACCGGAGGUCCCGGUCUCCAGCAGAGAAGAAGCAGCCUCCCACCCCAGCAGCAAAACCACAGUUUCCUCCCCCACUCAGGGCCAAGCCAACACAAGUGCCCCCCUUGCCGACAGGUACCCGCUCACAUUCUCCAGUUGGGAGGAAAGAUAUACCUCCCAGAAGAGAGAACCAUUCCUCCUCAUCCCUGGAUGAUACCCAGCAUUCAUCCUCCUUGGCAGGAAACAGAAUCUCCUAUUCUGUGGCAGAUAUGAGGCGUUUGUAUUCUGGAGGAAGCACCACACAGCCGUCUUCUUCAGCUUCUUCAGCAGUGGACACCAGACGGGCAUUCGCCCAAGCAGAGAGCAGGAGCAAGUCUCCCUCAUCCAAUGACAGGAGUUCACCUUCCCCCAAAGUUCCAAAAUGUUCCUCACCUUCCUCGGACAUCAAGAAUCCACUCCCUCCACCUGACAAUGAAUGGUUUUCCUCCCCUUCGGAUGCCAGGUGCCCUUCCCUGGCAGAGAUCCACUCCCUGCCUCCUCCACCAGAUGCCCUACUCGUGUCCUUAUCCCCAGCAGAUGCUGGGGCCUCCCCUUCCCCCGUGCACUCCAGAAACCUCUCUCCCACAGCAAUGGAGGGACACUGUUCUCCCAGCCCACAGAGAAAUUUUACUGCUCAUGGGCCCAUCUUUGCUCAAGUAUAUUCCCGACUUCCCAAGCCGAAGAGCCCAGUGAACAAAGAUGACACCGGUACCAGAGUUACUGAAUCACCGGGAGCCACACACUCUCCUGCUGCUGUUCACAAUCCUGGCAAGGCUGGAUCCCAGAAAGAGAACCAUGCCACAAACACUAAUAGGCUGCAGGAGCAGAAUCUAGGCCUUUCUCGUGACAGCUUGAAUGAAACCGUCUCCCAGAAGGAAGGACAUAUGCUAAAUGGGAAUGGCUCCAAGUUGGACGCUGGAUCCCUGAAGGAAAGCAACUUGCCUGGUGCUUUUGCACUUCAAUCCUCAAGGGAAAGUUCUCCCAGCACCUUCCACUCUAUUUCAUUCUCUGCAUCCCCGGGGAGAAAUUACACAUCCUCUGCCCCGAACCCUGCAUUUUCUGAGGAACCCUAUGUGUUCAAGCCAGUCCCUCAGGUUACGUGUUCCAGCACUGUAGCCAAAUCCCAUGCCCAAUGGCACAGGCCCAAGGGGAGCAGCACAGUUGUUUUUAGAGCCCAACAGCAAGUUAUUGUGCCUCAGCCCGGAUGCUCCACUGUUUACCAAGUCGGGCGAGAGCUUGUUAUGUCUGCCCCUGGGUCAGGAAAGACCAGCCAGGGCCAGCAAGAGAAACCCCUUGCUUCUUCCUCCAUCAAUUGCAUUCCACUGGAAGAAACCUGGCCAUCUUGGGCCAAUCUCCCUAAUGCCAAGUCCCCUCAAAGAGUUCACUCCUCCUUCCCCAAAUCUUGCAUCUUCUCCACACCAGAGUCACAGCCUGAGAAUGGCCUGACUCACUCUCAAAAUACCAAGGUGAGGGAUGCCCAGAGGCCAAGGUGUGCACCUGUGCCGAGCCCUGAUCGCACUUCAAACAGAGAGGCUGCUAUAGCCAGGGAGGGAGUAGUUCCAUGCAGCACAGCCCAGAGAGACGGCAGCCUGCCCAGCAAUUCUGCCUCCCAGAAGCACAGCAACCUGUUGGCAAGAAGCAAGUCUGAACAGAAGCAAGGCAUGCCCACCGCAGAAGGCCUAAUAACAAGCGGGUCAGAUCAAGACAGCAGCUGGUUAGGCGUGGGAAAAGCCAUCUUAUCUGCCAACAGAAGGAAUAAGUGCCCCUUGGACCCCGCAGAGGAAAUUGGAAUCUCUGCUGCAUUGCAGCAAACGUCUCCAGGGAAUCUUAAAGCCAGAACACAGGAUGAUGGACUAAAGAAAGAAAACCAGAUUUCAAGCAAGGGUCCCCUGAUAUUUGCACUGGAACAAGAGAGUUCCCCUUCCCUUUCAUGGCCCGAACCCCCAAGUGACUUAUUAAGAAGCACCAGCCAGACAGGAGAACAGGAACCCGAGGAAGCGGGGGAAAUGGAGCAUUUUGUAGACACCCUCCGCAACAUGGACCCUGCUGAACGCCGGAAGCCCUCAAAAGCCCUCUCGAGGGCUCCACGCCCUUCCACUCUUGCCAAGCACACCGUCCUUCCACCCAUCGAUGAGAACCACAUCACUCCCAAGGCAAAGGUUCAUUUCCCAACAGCAUUGGGUGAAUUGUUUCCUCUCACCGAGGAGAACUCAGAGGAAGGAACGGGAUCCAAGGGGGAGGAGCCAGGAUUGGCAGAAGAAGACACCGAGGAGAUUGAGAACCCUUAUCUCACUAAAGAAGAGAAAUCAUGGGAGAGCAAGGUAGGCAGGAGAUCUUCCUCUUGGGAAAGCCAGCAGUCCAAGACUGAGGAAAACCUUGGGCCUUUUCUUGGAAAGUUCCAGCAAAGCCUAGGAGAUAGCAAGGCGAGUGUUAUUGCCCCCAGAGCUAUUGUGAAUCCGCCCACCUUGACUAGAACCAAUGUUCUCUCAGGGAUGUCUCUCUUGUCCAACUUUGUAGACAGAAAGGUUGUGGAAGACAAGCCUUAUUCUCGCUUGGACAACAGCUUUCUUUACAGCAAGUUCAUCUCCCCAGAAAAGGCUGAACACAAGGGCCUAACAAAAAGGAAGGAAAUGAGCCCAGUUAUCCAGAAAAUCAGCAGGGAGUGCCAGAGACCUCCGAAUGCACAUCAGGAAGAUGGGGCUCAUAGGGGGUUACCACGAACUGCUCUCCAUCCUGGGCACCACCUCAAAGCACCAGAUACCAGUGGUUAUUCCAAGCAGGUUAUCCUUCUCUCCAAGGAAGCAGAAACCUUGACGCAGUCAGAAAUUCAGGAAGAGGAACAUAAUCCCGUGAAGAUCAAUAAGCGCCCCAGCAAGAUCAUUUUAUACUCUGAGGCAGGCUUUGGAGGGCAGAAAAGAGAAAUCUGGAAUGAUGUCCCAGAUGCCACUUCUUGGGAACUCGCAAACACUAUCUCCAUUCAGGUGAUCCGAGGAGGCUGGUUGAUGUAUGAAAAGCCCCGAUUCCAUGGGAGGAAGUGCGUGUUGGCUGAAGGGAACGUGGAAAUCACUAACCCUUGGAGAAUGUACUGCGAGGAAGAGUCAGAAAGAGAGAAUGCCCCAUUCCGUAUUGGUUCUCUCAAGAGGGUUGUGCAGGAUUACAAAUUCCCCGAGAUCACUUUUUUUGCGGAGGAAAAUGGUGAAGGGAGAAAACAGAGAUUCACCAAUUCUGCAGAAGAUUUACGAACAUGCGGGCAACCCUUGAACGCAGCAUCUAUCAUUGUACACUCUGGCCUGUGGCUCGUUUAUUCCAAACCAUUCUUUGAUGAUGACCCAUAUGUCUUAGAACCUGGUGGGUAUCCCAAUUUGCAAGCCUGGGGUGCAAAGGACCCGUCCAUUUGCUCCAUGCAUCCAAUUAAACUAGGUUCCCCAGUUGUUGAAACCCCUGCAGAGCCAAAGAUUCUAAUUUUUGAAAGGCCACAUUUCCAGGGUCGUAGCUGGGAAGUAAGCCAAGAUAUUUACAACUUAAGGAAGUCAGAAAACAACCAGGAUUCUAUGAUGUCGACUGCUGGUUCUCUCAGAAUCAUGGGAGGCUGCUGGGUUGGCUAUGAGAAAGAAGGUUUUCGUGGCCAUCAGUACCUAUUGGAAGAAGGAGAAUACUGUGACUGGACAGACUGGGGUGGCUAUAAUGAAGAGCUAUUGUCGCUGAGGCUGAUCCGGACAGACUUUUUGGACCCAGCCAUUGUACUUUUUGAAGCCAUGGAUUUUGAAGAUGGCCCCUCUGUUGAGCUCAGUGAGGCUCUGCCAGAUGUUGAGCUGGCCAGCUAUGGCAUCAUGACACAGUCCAUCCAUGUCCUGAAUGGAGUGUGGGUAGCCUAUGAAGGCAAGAAUUUCAGUGGGGAACAAUAUAUUUUGGAGAAAGGAGUAUAUCGCAACUGUGAAGACUGGGGAGCAACCAAUUGCCAGAUUGCCUCCGUGCAACCUGUCCUACAGGUUGGGGAACGCAGCCUGUUCUUCAUUUCUAAGAUCCAACUCUUCUCCGAACCUAAUUUCUCGGGAAACUCCAUGACUUUUAAGGAGGACCAAGCAACUCUUCCAGAGAAUUUAGUCCCCCAUUCCUGUAGGGUCAAUGGAGGCAGCUGGAUUCUUUAUGAUGGCCACCAUUUUGAUGGUGAGCAGCACGUUCUCUCAGAAGGCGAGUAUCCAACACUGAGCUCCAUGGGUUGUGCCUUCACCACAGCUAUCUGCUCUCUGAAGAAAAUCCCUAUUUUCUUCUCUGAGCCUUCCAUCUUCCUGCAUGGACUGGAGUGUUUUGAAGGGAAGGAGAUUGAGUUGAAUAGUGAAGUACGCAGCCUGAAAGCUGAAGGGUUUAAUAAUCACGUGCUCUCCAUCCGGGUAAAGGGUGGGAUCUGGGUGCUAUGUGAACACAGUGACUUCCGAGGCCAUCAGUGGGUUUUGGAAUGCACGGAGAUCACCAACUGGCUGAAAUACAGUGGGAUUCAACAAAUUGGCUCCCUGUAUCCCAUCAAGCAGAGAAGGAUCUAUUUUCGAAUAAAAAAUCAAGAGUUGAAGACCUUCCUUUCUGUGCCUGAUGAUGUUGAAGAUAUGAAAGCUGGACGAGUUAUGGUUUCAGAGAUCAAUGACCAGAACAGCUGCAUCUGGUACUAUGAAGAGGGACUUAUGAAGAACCAAAUUGCACCCAAUAUGAGUCUCCAGGUAAUUGGUGCAGCUGCAAAGGGCACCAAAGUGAUUUUAUGGUCUGACAGUCGAAUGCCCCGGCAGACAUGGAGAAUUGAUUCAUUUGGAAGAAUAUGCAGCCAGAUGUUUGAAGAUAAAGUUCUAGAUUUGAAAGGAGGCAGAACCUACGACCGGGAUCACGCUGUCCUCUGGGAGUCAUCUGAAGAGAGACCCACACAGAUUUGGGAUAUUCAAGUGCUGUGAAGAAGGCAGGAAGGGGAUCAGGAGCAGAGCAGAAGCUCACCUUGCAAGUCAUCCAUCUUUGGGGUGGAAAAAAUUAACCAUGUUUUUGGUCAGCCUAAGCCACCUGUCCUUUCCCAAAGCUCACAAUCUGAAAAAAAGCACAAUUGUUUAAUGAUACAGAUUUGAGACUGAUUUUCUCAGUCUUUUUGCACUGAGCAUAUGCUUCCUUCUAUGCUCCUUUUUUUUUUUAGCUGUCCAAAAUGAUGCUUUCCGAAGUACAAUUCGAAGAACAAGUCAUUCACCGUUGACAGGGCUGGGACUCAGGCAGGAAGAGGUAUCCCAGCUGGGUUGGAUAUUUAAAAAGAAAUUCAAUUAGCAUAAGAACCUAUACAUACAU